GGGCCAGGAUGAACGUCUGUUCUUCCCACUUUUUCACUCCUUCUCCCACCUUUUAUUCUAGACCUUCAUACUUUUUGAUUUUCCUAUCCUUUCCCGCAAUGUCACUUUCUCCUCCUCCUUCCAUUUUUUUAUAUUUAAAUAUUUCUUUCAGGUACUUCUUUGUGGUCUUUCUGCAUCAGAUUUAUCUCUUUGCAUACUCGCUUUACCAGUAUUUUCACUUGCACAACUUCAACAUUUAAUUCCUGGUUUACCCCCUUCUUUAGCCAACCAUUUGCUUGUUUUUUGUUAUCCUUUAUGUUUAAUGGCACAAACUAUGUCUGUUUGGAUGCUUGUUGGUAUAACUAUUGAUAGAUGGCUAGCUGUUUGUUACCCUUUCUCCAUACGCAUUCAUUGUACUGUAAAGAGGGCUAGAUUAAUUGUUUUGUCAACUUUUUUGUUUUCGCUCUUUUACAAUUUGGUUCGCUUUUGGGAAUAUCGUAUUGACUCUAAUGGAGAAAUUGUUGGGCUUUUACGUGAUGACUAUUUAUUUAUGUUACUUUAUCAAAAUUUGGCAACAACUUUAAGUCAAUUUUUACUGCCACUAUGUGUGCUCUGCCCUUUGAAUUUACAAGUUGCACGUUCUAUUUUGGCAGCAAGGGAAAGACGAAAGAAUAUGUUAUGGACAGAACUUUCAUCAGUUGAAGCAAGUAGCCGUGAACAAAGUACUGCUGCAAUGAUGCUUGUUGUUGUUUUAGGUGGGGAGUUUUAUUUAAAAAAUAUUUUUUUAAUGAAGUGAGGAGAUUGGGGGUGUGAAUUUUAAUUAUUAAUUUAAUUAUUUGGGGGUUGUUUUAAAGGAAAAAAAUUUUUUUAAUUAAUGCUGAAAGGGGAAUUAAUUAUUGGAGGGAGUUUUAGGAUUCUUUAUUUUUACAAAAAUAUUUUUCUGUUCAAUUUUUAUUUUUUAAUGUGUGG